AUGAGCGUCAACCCCACUUCGUGCAAGGUCGUCCUUGCGGCCAACAUCGCAAAGAAGCUCCAGGCGGAGGUGGCCGAGGGACUGGCUAAAUUGGAUCGCAAGCCUCAUCUCGUCGGCUUUCUGGCAAACAAGGACCCGGCGGCGCGCAUGUACGCCGACUGGACUGGCAAGACAUGUAUCGACAAUGGCUUUGCAUUCACCCUGCGCGAGUGCGAGCGUGAAGAGCUCGAAGAGGCCAUCCGCGAUGCCAACACUGAUGAUGCCGUAGAUGGUAUUCUCGUCUACUACCCCGUCUUCAACAGCUCGCGCGACCGCACCCUCCAAUACGUUGUCGACAUGCACAAGGAUGUCGAGGGUCUGUCACCCAAGCUCAUCAACAACAUGUACCAAAACAUCCGUUUCCUCGACCCUCCUCACAACACGCAAAAGUCCAUCCUGCCAUGCACACCGCUGGCCAUGAUCAAGAUCCUCGAAUAUCUCAACAUUUACAACACCAUCUUGGACUAUGGAAAGAGAUUGUGGGGCAGAAGAAUCACUGUCAUCAACAGAAGUGAGGUCGUGGGUAGACCGCUGGCUGCACUGUUGGCAAACGACGGUGCAGAGGUCUACUCGGUCGAUGUUACCGGUGUACAAAGAUUCAGCAGAGGUCAGGGUCUUCGCGCCCAGCAACACGUCGUGGAAGAGAAGCCCGACAUGACAAUGGACGACUGCCUUGCUAUCAGUGACGUCGUCAUCAGUGGUGUGCCCGGCGACAAGUUCAAGGUGCCCGUCGAGAAGAUCAGAGACGGUGCAGUCUGCAUCAACUUUUCGAGCGAGAAGAACUUCACGCCAGAAGUAAAAGAACACGCCUCGAUCUACGUCCCCGCGGUCGGCAAAGUCACCAUUAUGAUUCUCCUCCGCAACCUCCUGGUAUGCACAGCCAUGGCCCGCUACUUCAAAUCCCUCACCCCUGCCCAACUCCUCGCUCUCAAAUCCGUCGAAACCUCUGACAACACAUCAAACCCCUUGCAAGCUUCUGAAGAAAACACUUCAACCCCUCCCAUAGACUCUAUGCUUUCAUCAAGCAUAUUGCCCGACAGAAAAAACACCUUUGCUGUUGAACAACUGCUUGCUGAAACUGCUGACUCUCUGCAGCGUAUGGUGCAGAACAACCCUGAUGUUGAUGCCAAGCCGGCGGAAGCCAUCGAGAAGAAGGGAAGUGUCGAAGAGGCUGCUCCUGCUGCAAAGGCUGCUGCAUAG